AUGGAGACAGGGAACUUCACAGUGGUGACCAAAUUCCUCCUCUUGGGCCUUUCCCAUGUACCUAAAGUGCAAGUUGCAUUUUUCAUACUGUUCUUAUUCUCCUACAUGGUUGUCCUGCUGGGGAAUCUCCUUAUCAUAAUCACUGUCAAAGCUGAUCCCUGCUUGGGUUCACCUAUGUAUUUCCUCCUCUGCAACUUGUCCUUUAUUGAUAUCUGUUAUGCCUCCGUCACCUCUCCUAGGAUGCUGACCGACCUGCUUUCCCAGACGAAGAGCAUCUCCUUCAAUGGCUGCAUGGCCCAGCUAUUUUUUCGGCAUUUUGUGGGAGCAGCAGAGAUGUUCCUACUAACUGUGAUGGCUUAUGAUCGCUACAUUGCCAUUUGCAAGCCCCUGCACUACACAGCAAUCAUGAGCAGGCCUGUGUGCUUCGCACUGGUAGUUGCCUGCUGGGUUGGAGGCUUUAUCCAUUCCAUUGUACAGACUCUGCUCACUAUCCAGCUGCCAUUUUGUGGACCUAAUGCAAUUGACAACUACUUCUGUGAUGUGCCCCCUGUCAUUAGGCUCUCCUGCACUGAUAUCUAUGUCAUUGAGUUGCUCAUGGUCUCCAACAGUGGCCUGAUCUCCUUGUUAUGCUUCCUCGUGCUGCUUGUGUCCUAUUCUGUCAUCCUGGUUACAGUCCGGCUCCGCUUCACUGAGGGAAGGUGGAAAACUCUCUCUACUUGUGCCUCCCAUGUAAUAGUUGUCACCUUGUUCUUUGGGCCCUGCAUCUUUAUUUACCUCUGGCCCUUCUCCAAUUCCCCAGCUGACAAGUGUGUUUCUGUUAUCAACACCAUCCUUACCCCCAUGCUAAACCCAUUGAUCUACACUUUGAGGAACAAGGACGUGAAGGAUUCCAUGAGGAAAUUAUGGAGCCGGUGCAUAUUCUUCAAAUGA